GUAGAAUGAUCAACAUAAAAUUAAGGCCCGAGGAACUUCUGGCCGCUACAAAUGUUACGGCGACUACUCCAGUCACCGUGAGUUUCCAUAGUGGAACAAGUCUUCCUGCAGGAACUUCCGUAGUAAAUACAAUCGAUAUCUCCGCGCUUGUUGAAUUGGCACACAAUGAGUAUCAGAGAGGAGAGUACGAGUCAGCUGAGCGGCAUUGCAUGCAGCUGUACGCUCAUUGUCCUGAUAAUGUGGCAGCGCUUUUGCUGCUGUCAUCAAUUCAUUUCCAAUGCAAGAGGUUAGAUCUGAGUGCCAAGUACUCAUUGGAAGCUAUUCGAAAAAACCCAAGUCUAGCAGAAGCUUACAGUAAUUUGGGAAACGUUUUCAAAGAAAGAGGGCAAAUCGGUGAAGCCCUACAAAAUUACAAACACGCCAUCAAUUUGAAACCAGAUUUCAUUGAUGGGUAUAUCAAUCUGGCUGCUGCUCUUGUAAGCGCUGGAGACAUGGAAGGGGCUGUUCAUGCAUACUUGUCUGCAUUGCAAUGUAAUCCUGAGCUGUACGCUGUAAGAAGUGACCUGGGAAACCUCUUGAAAGCCCUAGGUCGCUUGGACGAAGCUAAGCAUUGUUAUCUGAAAGCAAUUGAAACAAAACCUGACUUUGCGGUUGCCUGGAGUAAUCUCGGCUGCGUUUUCAAUGCACAAGGAGAAAUUUGGCUGGCGAUUCACCAUUUCGAAAAGGCAGUACAACUUGACAGCAACUUCCUUGAUGCUUACAUAAACCUUGGAAAUGUUCUCAAGGAAGCGAGAAUCUUCGAGCGAGCAAUCGGAGCUUACCUGCGAGCUUUGAACUUGAACCCUCUGCAUCCAAUUGUGCAUGGAAACUUGGCUUGUGUAUACUAUGAGCAAGGACUCAUUGACUUGGCUGUUGACACGUACAAAAGAGCGAUCGAAUUACAACCCAACUUCCCUGAUGCAUACUGCAAUUUAGCAAAUGCACUUAAGGAAAAAGGUCUCGUCUCAGAGGCAGAAGAGAGCUACCAAACAGCUCUUAGACUAUGUCCGAACCACGCGGACUCCUUAAACAACCUGGCCAACAUAAAACGGGAGCACGGACUGAUAGAGGAGGCAAUUCGUCUGUACUGUCGAGCACUGGAGGUGCAGCCAGAAUUCGCAGCUGCUCACAGCAACUUGGCCAGUGUUCUCCAACAGCAGGGUAAGCUGUCGGAAGCUCUGAGUCACUACCGUGAGGCCAUCCGUAUCCACCCUACUUUCGCAGACGCCUAUAGCAACAUGGGAAAUGCCUUCAAAGAAAUGGGCAGUGUCAACGAGGCACUUCAGUGCUACACGAAAGCCAUCCAGAUCAACCCUGCGUUUGCUGAUGCUCACAGCAACCUCGCAAGUGUUCAUAAAGACUCGGGAAAUAUCCAAGAAGCGAUCCACAGUUACAGGACAUCGCUGAGAUUGAAGCCAGAUUUCCCCGACGCAUAUUGUAACUUGGCUCAUUGUCAGCAGAUUGUGUGCGAUUGGGCGGAUUACUCAGACAGGAUGAAGAAAAUUGUGAAACUUGUUCAGAUUCAGCUAGACAAAAACAGACUACCAAGUGUGCACCCCCACCAUUCCAUGCUGUACCCCCUGAGCAACAAACAGAGAAGGGGCAUUGCAGCCAAACACGCAAUGCUUUGUCUUGAGAAGGUGCAAAACAUCCUCCGCGUGAGAGGACCUUACACAUUCCCACAAGAGAAGUACGGAAGAUUGGGCCUUGGUCAGAGGCUGAAGAUCGGAUAUGUGAGUUCGGAUUUUGGAAACCACCCGACGUCGCAUCUGAUGCAGAGCAUACCGGGAUUCCACGACAAGAGCAAUAUUGAAAUCUUCUGCUACGCACUGAGUGCGGAUGAUGGAACGACCUUCAGAAGUAAAAUAAAGUCAGAAGCUGAGCACUUUGUGGACCUGAGUGGAAUCACGUGCAACGGGAAGGCAGCUGAAAGAAUCUAUCAGGACGGGAUCCACAUUCUCAUGAAUCUGAAUGGAUACACGAAGGGAGCAAGGAACGAAAUAUUUGCACUGAGACCAGCACCUAUUCAAGUCAUGUGGCUGGGCUACCCGGGUACUUCUGGAGCCAGUUACAUGGACUACAUAGUGACAGAUUGUGUAACUUCUCCGCUAGAGGGAGUGGAAAGUGACUACAGUGAGAAGUUCGCAUACAUGCCGAGGACAUUCUUCGUUGGCGACCACAGACAGAUGUUUCCCCACCUGAGAAAUAAAAUCCUCCUGGAAGUGAAUGGCAAGUGUCGCCCCACCCACACCAUCAUAAACACACACAAUGUCAGUCAGCUGAUGAACAGUCCCUGUCUCACUGUAAGGGAGACCUCAUCAUAUCCUGCUUUCUGCUGUGCUCAGAUUAAGUGGCCGCCUCCGACAACCACCAGUCAAGAAGUUCAGCAAGUACACCCUAUCAAGGCACUCCUUGAAAACAACCUGGCAGUAGCAAUGCUAUCCGAUGGCCAAGUCCUCCAAAACGGAUUGGCCAACCAGCAAAUCAAUACCAAAACCGCAACAGGUGAACUAUGUCCCAACCAACAUAUAGUAACCUCGAGGCUGCAAUACAAUCUACCCGAAGACGCCUUCGUGUAUUGUAACUUCAACCAGCUGUAUAAGUUGGACCCGAAAACCAUGCAUUUAUGGUUGCAGAUUCUCUCACAAGUACCAAAUAGUGUGCUGUGGCUAUUGAGGUUCCCGCAGUGGGGUGAGACUAAUGUUCUGAACUAUGCGAGGCAAUUUGGCCUCGAGAACCCCCAGGAUCGAAUCAUUUUUUCGAAUGUGGCGCCGAAAGAGGAGCAUGUGAGGAGAGGUCAACUUGCUGAUGUGUGUUUGGACACUCCGAUAUGCAAUGGACAUACAACCGGUAUGGACAUUCUGUGGACUGGAACUCCUAUGGUGUCUCAGCCUCUUACCACAUUGGCCUCGAGAGUGGCAGCCUCCCAGCUGUACGCCCUGGGAUGUCCAGAGCUGGUAGCGAACUCGGCCAAGCAGUACCUGGACAUUGCUGUCAGACUCGGAAACGACAGGGAGUUCUAUAGAUCGACCCGAGAAAAGGUGUGGAAUAACGUGAAAGACGGGAUACUGUUCAACACGCAACAGUAUGCUCGGGACAUGGAGCGACUGAUGUAUAAAGUGUGGCAGCGACAUGAGCAGGGGCUGAAUCCGGACCACGUGACUGAACUGUCCCACUACACCUACAGAAUGAAGUCAGACACGCCCAAUGCACCCGAAACACUAGCUAUUCAGUCCUCAAUCAGUGGAGCUUCCUUGAUGCCUCUGACGUCCUCCUCAAUAAUGGGAAUAGUGGCUGGAAAAGGAGACAGACAGUCGCUGAAUGGGUCCAGUGGUAAAGAUGAUUCCUCGCACAACAGUUCAAGUGGUAACAGUCACCAUCUGCAUGCCCACUCAUCGAAUCGAUCGUCCUUGGCCAAUGCAUCCUUGGACAGUCAGAAUAUUGCUCGAGAUGGAACCAACCGUCACGUGUACAACACAAGCAACCUCUCAAGACAGCAGAGUCUAUCUGUAGCAAUGGGGAACAGUACACCAAGCUCCCCCUACAGAAACAGCACCGGAAGCGCCAGUUUGUCACCUGUAGCCGCUAUGAAUAACCAACAGUUGAGCCACCAACACUUGAGUGUAAUAUCGCCAUCCCCAGCCCAUUCACCAUACAACCAUGCUAACUUGCUAGCUGGAGUCCAAAGUCCCCACCACCACCAUCAUCAUCACCAGAACUCAUCCAACAAACGAGCCUGAGAGGGUCUUGUGAGACGAGACAAGAACCUAGUUUUAACGAUAACCAAAUUAUUCAGUUAUUAUUUAUCGCUUCCUCCAUUGUUAAAUACUAUUCACUUUAUUGGAGCACUACGUCCUAUUAGAAGCCGUGCCGAGAAAUUCUAUCACGUGGAUGUAACUUUUCUAUGUAAGCUGUAUAUACAUUACAGAUGUCGCUCGGCGCCCUUGAAAGAGAACUCCAAGAAUUUGUCCUGCGUUCAAAAAGUUCGAAUAAAUGUCCUCUCAGAAAACUGAGGGUCGAGUAAAGAACCGUUCUUGGGUUCAGAGAAUGACUUGAUACGUGGACAAAUGCUAUAGAUGUCAAGGAUUUCUUAGUUACGGCAUACUUGGACCCUGCUGUGGAUUCAAUCAUUCCGAGCAGGGAUGCAUAGUCGUCAUUGAUGCAUAAUGCUGUGAAGGAGCAUGAAUUAGGAAAAAGCUCAAGGAAAAACUUUUCAGCUCGUCAAAAUGAGUUAAGCGAUCCCAGGAGCCUUUGACCCAAAACUCGCCGAAUGUUCUUCUCGCCUAGUUGUGUAUGAAUUUAUGAACCAUAUGGGUUCUGAUUUAUUACUUUUUUUGUUUAGUUACCUUUUGUAUAUGCCUAUCAAAAUUACCCCUACGUUCCUGGUGUAUGUGAAUUUGUGUGUUGUUGCCCUUUUCAAAUAAACUAGACUUUACCUCGCUCUGAAAUACGGUAAGGGAUCGGGGAGCUAUUUUAACUCACACAAGUUUCACUUUAUACAAAAUUUUUAAUGGUGCUUUAAUGUUCACAUUUUUGCUUUCUGGUAUUCCAGUUAUUAAUUUUUUUUUGCGGUAGCUCGUGACUGAAAAUUCCUCAUAUAUUCCACAGUGCUGUGAUUUCGAUUCGUUUACUAUAUGAUUUCGAUUGUACCCUAUAUACAAUUCUUCUGAAAUUCUGAUAAUAUUAUUAAAGUUGAAAAACUUGCGUUGUAAUGCCACUAAUCAUAGUAAUCGUUCAGUAGAAAAAUUUAUUUUUGCCACAAAAUUGAGGAGACUUAAUGUCUACCUGUCUCAAAUGUCAGAACGUUGAAAUGUCAGAGAAAAAAUGUUUGGCUGAAAAAGGAAAAUGGAACGUUAUAGUAAAGCGAUGAUGUAAUGGUGCUAGUGGUGCUAAAGUUUUCUUCAUUUUAGCCUAACUGUUCUGAGCUUUUUAGUGCUGCUUUUUUUUUGUUUUGUUUGACCUUUUUUUCUCAUUUUUUUUUCUGUUAGCAGGUGAUUUAUUGUGUUCUUUUAACGAAGCUGGACCACAACUGGCUGCAAAAAUACCCCUCGGACCUCGCAACAUAACCCAGACGACUUCACAUCAAUACCCAGACGGUUUUGGAUAGUUUGGGCAGCAUCAUAAAUGCCACGAUGUCUACUGUCAACGAUAACUUCACUAGAAGCUUGGUCGAGAAAUCCGGGAAAAAAACAGUUGCGACGUGAUGAGUAGCGGAGAGGCUAAUUAUGAAAAUAUAUGGAAUCUAACAGAAAAGCAACAAUAAAACUGUGAUUGAAACAGUCAAUUUGGUUUUAUGAAAAUAAAGUUUGUGCACAAGACAAUAGAAGCUUUUUGUCUGAA